AUGUACCGAGUUCGGUAUGAGGCAUGGAACCUACUUGUUGCGCACAUGUCUGAGACUCUGGAGAGAAUACUUCAACACCGUGGUACAGAUACUAAGGCUGUUGUAUGGGUACAUAGUAGCCAUAUUGGUGAAGCUCGCGCCACGAGUAUGGGAUUGGCAAAAGGAGAGAUCAGCAUUGGGCAGGUUUGCAAGGAGAAGUUCGGACACAUGGCUCUCAGUAUCGGCACGGGUACAUAUGCAGGCACAGUCGCUGCGGCCGAGAGACGGGAUGGUGACUUGCACGUCAUGAAGGUCCAGCCUGGGCUUCCUGGGAGUAAUGAAGAGCUCAUGCACACCACAGGCAUAGGCAACUUUAUACUGGGUCUGCGACAGGGGAAGUGUGAUAUGAAGCUGCGAGAAGUAUUGAGCGAGCGACGACUAGCGAUAUUUAUUGGUGUUCUUUAUAAAACCACAACGGAGAUGGCUUCCCACUACUAA